AGAAGGUGGGGGAGAGAACACCUUCACAAUGAGGCUGGCUCAGAGCUGGUUGGUCAAAUCCUCCUCAAAUGAGCAAUGCUGAAAUAGCCUGAGGGGCAAACAGGACAAUAAAAUAGCACUGAGAUAAGCUGUUUGUUUGCUUGAUACAGGUUUAAUGAGCUGUCCGGAGUCAUGGUGGAUGCUGAGAUCAAAGAAUGAGUGAGACUUUGUUCACUGAGAUUCAUUCUUUGCCCUGGAAAGGGGCAUAGAAAAGUAUGGAAAAAUAAGAGAAAUUUCUGAAUGGCUCCUACUUCAGCUCAGAAUCUAUAGAGUGUACUUAGAGUGAGAGAAAAGGUGAGAAAUAAAAAAGGAAAGUGAAAGUAAAGGAACAACAAAUGGCAAAAUAACCCAGGCAUACCAAACUUGUUACUAUGGUGUAUGAGGAUGUGUCUUCAAAUCUGUGUGGUUUUCAGAAAGCCAAAUUGGGAUACUGUACUUUCCCUGGUUUCUCUGAAGGAAUUUGAUAAACUGAAGUUAAUUAUUAGUAAAUAAUAUAUUCUAAUGAUUAGCUUGAUCUCUCUGCUUAGACUCUAUUCCUGUCAAAUAAAGAAUUAUUCCAAUUUUUUUAAAUUAAACGUAAAAAAGUCUGCAUUAUGUAACCUAGACAAAAACUGAUACAGGAGAAGGCCAGGAUUCCUCCAGCUUAAGUUUCUGUGAUACUUCAACAAGUAUUCAUGUGAUUUACAGUACAGCAUUGCUCAGUACCUUCUUCUAGUCCUACCUGCAUGGACAGUACCUCUGAGGAGUAUAUUGUGAAUGUGGAAAAGAGGAACUCCACUUGCAAAGAAGAAACAGAAGCUGACCUCAGCACUAAGAUGCUCUUCUCUAUUGAAAUGUAGGAAUAAUAUAUGGAGCAGCACUAGUACAAACUGCUGAACUGCCUUGGCAACACUCCAAACGACUGCUCUUUCUGAUGGAGUUUUUAAUACUUCAAGAAGACAUAGUGUGCACAUUUAGAUGCCAAUAAAACAAUUCCCUGUAGGAUCCAUAGGCCACAUUUCAUUGCUAAAUUAUGAUGCCAGUGUGAAUGAUGGACCACCAAUCGCCGGUGAAGCAUUUCUGCACACCCAUGUUGAGUAGUGCUUUUGCUUUUCUCUGUUUAAUCCCUCCCUUUGGUAAACUCUGUUACUGCUUCCGCACUUGACUGAGAAGAUUUUGUCCAUCUCUAAAUGCACAUGUUGUGCCAUUGCUGUUGAGCUUUAAGAAGUGCUAAGUACCUGGCAAUUUGUUGUCUGGAGCCUGACCUUGUUGUGUUCAUGAGCUGCAAGAUGCUGUGACCAGGACUUGGUUGGUCUCCAGACAAAAAGCUAUUUUAAAUGAACCAAAGGAGAAAUCCACAGAUGCAAUUCUAUUGCUGCAUCUGGCAAUUGAGAGGGGAAUGAGAAGGGAACUAAAAAUCCCAUUACAAUUAUUCUUGGGUGCUUGGGUAAGAGUUUUCUGUUUCAGAAAAAUCAAAUGACUUUGAAUCUGUGCUCCACGUAGUCUAAGUUGUAUGCAGCAGGAGGGAAAUGAGCUCAUUAAACUUGACAGGAAGAAAGGGUGACCUUCUUUUGGGGUGAGUUUAAGGAAUUGGAGUUCAGAUUAGGAAAAGUGAUCUGAAUGACUUCCCUAUGGAGUGGUCAGUACAUGGAAAUUUUGCUCAAGUUUUCAAAAACUCCCCUUUCCAGGAUUUUGUAUAGAUUAUUUUAGUAACAGGAUCCUGCGGCUGAAUUUCGUUGUCACACCUGUGAUUUGGGUCAAGUAUCAUUAACUCAUUAAAAGGAUUUCAUAGAAAGAUUUGACUUAUCGUGGGAGAAUGUGAUUCGCAUGAAGUACAGGACGUGGCCAAACAGAGGAGUAAGGUAAGUGCCCCAACAUCCUGUUUCUUGUCUAUAUAAUACUGGAUAAAUUGUAUGAAAAAAUGCAGUAAAAGCAAGUAGGAAUUAGUUAAACAGCCAAGUCUCAAUGUGAUAAUCUAAGCAACUGUUACGUGAUUUCUUCACAUUAUAAGCUUUUUACCUAGUGUGAAGAAUUCGCAUCAAGAAAAUGGAGAAAUGAACUAGGAAAGAAAACCUUCUCUGUCUGUGAUGAUCACCUAUGUUUAUUUUUUAGGAAUCCUAAUUUUUCAGAAGCAUCAAUUAAUUUUGUUGACACGCUCAGCCUAGGUUAAGACAGCUCAAGUAAAAUCUCAGCUCCCUGAAGCCAAUAAUAAACUUGUAUUUGUGUGAGGAAUCUCUGCAUUUUUGACAGAAAUUUACCACAAAGUCUUGAUUCUUGAAAGCCAUGGGAUGUUUCAGUGUGCGCAUCCAAAAUUGAGGAAGGAUAACAUAGUGACUCUGAAAAUUGUUGUCUCAUUCUGCUGACAAGAAAUGCAAACACAGAAAAAUUAAGAAUAAUAUUUACGUACAGCAUUGCUGAGGUUAUAAUUGCAUAGAUUCCAAAUAUGAAAAAUGAGAUAAUAUAAAACACAAUCCUUUAUCCAUGUAUGUAGGGCUUCAGUCAAAAUUGGCUUUUUUCCAUUUGAAGUUUUCUUGCUUGGCACCAGGCAUUAAUGAUUCUUCUCCUUUAAAAAAAAAUUCCUUAAAGCGUCCAACUGUUCAGCUGAAAUUAUCAUUGUUGCAGCUGGAAAUAAAGCUCUAGUCGUGAAAAAUACAGGAAGGAUUUCUGAAAACCUUUUUUUUUUUCUUUUCUAGCUGAAAAUUCAUAGGCAGAUAUCAGCUAAUUGAAUCAUAGAAUCGUUUGAGUUGGAAGGGACCUUUAAAGGUCAUCUAGCCCAACUGCCUUGCAGUGAACGGGGGCACCUACAGCUACACCAGGUUGCUCAGAGCCUGGUCCAGCCUGACCUUGAAUGUCUCCAAGGAUGGGACAUCCACAACCUCUCUGGCCAACCCUUAUAGUAAAAAAACCCUCUUACAUCCAUUCAAAAUCUCCCCUCUUUUUGUUUGAAACCAUUUCCCCUUGUUCUAUCACAGCAGACCCCGCUAAAGAAUGUCCCUGUCUUUCUUACAGCCCCCACUUCGAUACUGAAAGGCUGCUAUCAGGUCUCCCUGAGCCUUCUCUUCUCCAGGCUGAAGAGCCCCCAGCUGGAUACUUCUGAAUCUUUCAGAAGUAUUUGCUUUCUAAACUGCAGUCAUUGUCUGUAGACUUCUUGGAAGCAGAUUUUUAUUUGCUGACUGCAUUGGCAUUUUGUUGGAAGUCUUUUACUGAAAAUUCAUGAAAUAACAUUUGAAUUGCUUUUGGAUUUCUUCUAGAUUUUUGUUUGAUUUUUAAAGCCUAUGAAGUGGGGAACUAUUUCAUUCCUUCUUUUUUUUGUUUUUCUUCUAAGUAUCUUCUUUGUAUCCAGCACAAAGCGGAAUGCAAAAUAAUUGAGUAAUUUGUGAGACUGACUACAAAAUAACAUCCCCCAGCAUUCUCUGUAAUUCACUUUUUAACUAAAACUUUGGCUUGCAGUGGAGAUAGUAGCAUCUUCUCACAGUUCCAGGUUUUCUUUAUAACAUUAAAACCCAUCCUGAUCUCCUGAGUUUUUGGUGCAUGAUGAUGCUUUUCUCACUUAAUUCCCAGUAACACCUGAGCUUUUAAAUUGCUUACACAUAUAUAUAUAUAUUUUCCCAGAGCUAGUUAGACUAUCUCUUAACAUAACAAAAGGAACAGAAAAUCCCCAGACACAACUUUUCACCGCUAGAUUUUCUACAUGAAACAAAGACUUGCAGGUAUUUUGUCCUCCUUUGACAUUUGAUACCAGACUGCCGCUUUCCUACAGGGCUGCUUUCUGAGGCUCACAAGCAGUUUGGGAUUAUGCAGAGAAGAUUCAGCCCAGUUUUCUAAACAACUUUUUCAUGCCGUGCCACCCACACAGAGAAGUUUGGGGUUUUCCUUGCCUCGCCAUACUUCCUUUUAUUCUGUGUCUCCAAUGGCUGUGGCAAUGUGUAGCCUGGAGGCUUGACUUGUGACUCUGGAGUUGCUUGAUGCAAUGAGCUGAUAUCCAAAUGCCUGGAAGAAUUAUCAAGACAUGCUUGCUACACCACAAAAUCAAGGAGUUUAUGUGGGCUUGAGAAUUUGAAACUCAAGUCCAGACUUGAAUUUUAGGCUGUGUGUUUGUGUUUGGUAGCAUUUCUCAGGGGAAAUAUCCACACUGUAGCUUCUUCAGAGUCGAUGUUUAGCAGUGUCCAGGCAUUUGGCACAAGCCCUGCUAGUACCAACUCUGCAUCAGUGCUUUUCAGCCUGUGAAACACUGUCCCGGGGCUGAUGGUGCGAUUCAGAAGGAAACUACCUCACAGUAACGAUCUUGUUAUGUUUGAAAGUGUUUGCUCGGGAGAAAAUGUCUGGGGAGUGAGGGGAAAAAAAGCAAAGAGAAACAAUAAAAACCCGUGCACAGUGCCAGGUGCCAAGGGGGGGUGAAGGUUUAUUUUCAGAGCAUCGCCUUUAGAAACAUUGCUUCCAAUAAUUUCAUCAGUCUAAAGAAAAUUGUACCUUUUAUCUUUUUGUUCUGUUUCCAGUGCAGGUUUUUAUGGAAGAAGAGGGCUGUUCUGAGCAUCAGGCAGGUUAAGCCCCAUGCCUUCGGAAGAGCUCUCUAAAAAAGACUGAGCAUUGUGCUAUGGUUGCACAGCCCGUGCUCUGUGAUGGGUGCAGCUGGGCUGCAGGUGGUGGGAACAGGUUUGGAACGUGCAGCAUAUUGUGGGGCAGCAAUGGGCAUUCUCAGCAGAGGAUUCUCAUGAAAUUUCCAGAAAACCACAAACCACACCCGAGCACCAAAUAAGCAUUGUCUGUUCUGAUAGUUUGAAGUAAGCUUUGAAUGCAGAGAUUUGUUUGAUAUUAAUGGAUAGCAUCGAGAAAUGGUGUACGCAGCAGUGCCCACUGGGAAAGCUGCAAAUAGCGUGAUCACAUGCAAGCUGCCAGUAGUUCAGAAAAAGCAUUUUCUGCAUCUGUUCCUCCUUGAUUCACACUUCAGACAGUUUGGUGGGAUUUCUACAUAGUCUUAAGCUGUGCGUGCCCACUAUCCUCCCCUGACAGAAGCAGCGAGCACCCUUUUCCCUGCGUGGGGGAGUGUUACUAGCGAUGUCCAAAGGGCAAAUGUAGAUUCAGAACAUUUUUGCAUUCUUCUGGCUAGGGAUCAAAUGAAAUCAGAAAGCCAUUUGACUGCCCAGCGCUUGUACUGAUGCAGAUGACUGGGUGGCGGGGAGCUGCCUGGGGAUCGGCUGGGAGCCUGCUGAUCUUUGAUGUGAUCCUGGAGCCAUCUUCCUACUGAAAUAGAGGGUAAGCAUUAGCAGGCUUUUGUUUCUGUGUACAAGUUGCUGUAAAAACUGGGGAGCGUGUCUGGGGGUGCCGCCGGCGAUGUGCUGAGCUCGAUGGGCUGGGUUUCCUGCGAAGGCUUUGUUCCUCCUACCACACUCAGGGGCAGCCCAACGGCAGGUUGCCCUCCAUGGACAGCGGGCAGCCGCAGGAGAAGGUGGUGCUGAAAAAGAAAGUCACGCUGCUGAGGGGGAUCUCCAUCAUCAUCGGCACUAUCAUUGGGGCUGGCAUCUUCAUCUCACCCAAGGGGAUCCUGAAGAACACGGGCAGUGUGGGCAUGUCCUUGAUGGUCUGGACAGCAUGUGGCAUCCUUUCGCUCUUCGGUGCCCUCUGCUAUGCUGAGCUGGGAACGUGCAUUAAGAAAUCUGGCGGUCACUACACGUAUAUCCUGGAGGCCUUUGGCCCGCUGCCUGCUUUUGUGAGAGUCUGGGUGGAACUGCUCGUUAUUCGCCCUGCUGCCACAGCGGUGAUAUCUUUGGCAUUUGGACGCUACAUUUUGGAACCUUUCUUUAUGCAAUGCGAAAUCCCAGAACUUGCGAUUAAACUUAUUACGGCGGUUGGCAUCACACUAGUGAUGGUCCUGAAUAGCACAAGUGUCAGCUGGAGUGCCCGCAUUCAGAUUUUCCUUACCUUUUGCAAGCUUGUAGCAAUUCUGAUAAUUAUAGUCCCCGGAGUUAUCCAGCUAAUUAAAGGAGAAACGCAGCACUUUAAAAAUGCCUUUGCAGGGAAUGAUGCCAGUAUUAUGGGAUUACCACUUGCUUUCUAUUCAGGAAUGUACGCCUAUUCGGGCUGGUUUUACCUCAAUUUUGUUACUGAGGAAGUGGAAAACCCUGAAAAAAACAUACCCCUCGCAAUAUGCAUUUCAAUGAUUAUCGUCACAGUUGGCUAUGUGUUAACAAACGUGGCUUAUUUCACUACAAUCAGUGCUGGGGAAUUGCUGCUUUCAAAAGCUGUAGCAGUGACCUUUGCUGAACGAUUAAUGGGAAGCUUUUCUUUAGCUGUACCGGUGUUUGUUGCUCUCUCCUGCUUUGGAUCUAUGAAUGGUGGCAUUUUUGCGGUCUCCAGGAUGUUCUUCGUUGCCUCCCGUGAGGGUCACCUUCCGGAAAUUCUCUCCAUGAUUCAUGUCCGCAAGCACACUCCUCUGCCAGCUGUCAUUGUUUUGCACCCUCUCACAAUGAUAAUGUUAUUCAGUGGGGAUCUCUACAGCCUCCUGAAUUUCCUCAGUUUUGCCAGGUGGCUUUUUAUUGGACUGGUAGUUGCUGGCUUGAUUUAUCUCAGAUAUAAACGUCCUGAUAUGCCUCGUCCUUUCAAGGUGCCUCUAUUUAUUCCAGCAUUGUUUUCCUUCACCUGCCUCUUCAUGGUUGCACUGUCACUUUAUUCCGAUCCAGUCAAUACAGGGAUUGGAUUCGCAAUAACCCUGACUGGAGUUCCUGCCUACUACCUCUUUAUCGUAUGGGACAAGAAACCAAAGUGGUUCAGAAAGCUCUUAGACACUGUAACUGAAGCAUUGCAAAUCCUCUUAGAAGUUGUCCCGUCAGAGGAGGACCAGAAAUCGUGAUCUCCAUCUACCCAAAAAUGCAGCCUUUGGCUUGAUGUUUCAUUUGAAUCCGAGGAAGAGCGUGCGGAGAUGUCUUCCUCCUCGUAGUGCUCUGCAAAAUGGAGGAACAAAUCACAGCUGAGAUGGAUACUGAGUGUGUCAGUUACCAGAACUGAAUUUUAUGAUGUUGUAAUUUUUUUUUUAAUGUGGUUGGUUUAUAUGUAGAGAGAAAGAACUUAUGCCAUGAGGGCUCUUUACUGUUUGUUAGUGUUAUAUUUUAAUGAAACAUAGGUUCUUCAAACAAGGAUUUUUGUUGCAUUGUCACUGAAAAUAUGUUUAAGCAUUGUGUAAGUAAUGGUCAGGUGUACUGUGAAGAAUGUAUCCUACUUGCUGUCCUGAAGAACCUACUCUCACUGGGGAAAGGGGCAGAUAAAGCUGCUGAGUAUCACUUAAUAAUGUUCUUCCUCUCCCUCUGUUUGGCAGCCCUAUUUUACUUAUGUCUUGCUUGGAGCACCAGUGCACUGAUGCAGAAAUACAGUGGUUUCUACUGUUUGUGGUGGCGAGAUCAAGGUACAACAUAACAUAUAAAAACAUCUUCUGAGAAUUAGUAUUUCUACCGGCAGGACAGGUAGAUUUUAGCCUGGGGGCAGUAAUUUCAUACAUGUUCAAGUUUCUACCAGUCUGGAAAUUAUGACUCUUUUUGCCAAUAUUUCUUUGUCUAUGUGUUUAUGGGAAAUACAGCAACAUAGUAAUUACCUUCAGAUUGGUAUUUGAAUCCGACCUCCAUUGGUAUAUGAAUAUUUUCUAUCUGGAAGCAUAUGAACUUGCAUUUAUCAGUCAGGCAAACGUGAUUUUAAAGUUUUAGAUAAUUAUUUGCGGGCAGCAAAUGAAUAAUGGUCACUGGUUUUAUAAUCUGUGGGAAUUUUGUAUAGACGCAGCAAUAAAUGCAAUACUGUUUUAUGAGUAAGAUGUAAGGCAAGUUACAACAGAUUUGUUGAUUUGAGUUGGAAACACACCUAAUCUGUGGGCUUUUUUUCAAGCACACUCCAAUUAAUUGGGCUUUGAAACACCCAGGAACAGGUGCUCUGCCAUCUUCUUCCUGGUUUUAUCUCAGCAGAAACAGAGAAAAGAUAUCAAAACUGAUAAAAUCAAACUAAAUUGAAGUUUCACCUUCAGAAUGAUGUUUGAGCUGAGAGUUGGCUCAAAUAUGAGCUGAAAUUUUGCCCUUUAAAAGAAAAUGUAGUUAAGGAAAUUUUUUAAUGCUUAAGAAUUCAGUUUUAUAUUAAAAUCAGGCUUUUAUUUUAAAAUAUCAGACUACUCAACCUUAAGACUAAGGUUUGUUAUCACUCUGUUAAGAAUAUAAUGCUUAAAUAUUGAAUGCACUACUUUUUGAGCUGUUUGCUAUUAGCAAAUCAUGCAUUUCAUGAAAACUUCUAUGAAACUAAGCAACAUUAGACUUCCUAAAUAGGGAGGAAAGCACAACUAAUAGCCAGACCACUACAGUAAAGGGAGACUGUAUUUUGUACAUGGGUUGUAUAUAUCCAGAGUAUUUGCCAUUUUAAGGGUGUACAGUAAAAUAUCUUUAAAUUCUUAGGUGUUUUCUUCCUUGUAUUUCUAUAGUGGAAUUUCAUAGAAGUAGGGAAAUGGGAAUAACUGAUUAUCUAGAAAAGUGGUAAUUUAAGAGAAAGAGCAUUCUCCAAACUAUUUUUACUUAAAAUAUUUUCUGUUUACGGUAACUUAAAGUGUUAUUUGAAACUUCUUUUAGGCAAGCAUUUUGAGCUAGUUUUUUGUGCUGACAGUGCAUGUGUUUAGUUGGUAUUUACACAUAGGGCAGAAGUGUGCUUUUCAGGUCAUCUCCUGUCCAUCCCAGUCCCCCACGUUUUGACCUGUGUCAGUGUGGAACACCUUAGGCAUACACCAUCUCCAUCCAUUUCUCAUGGAACCAAAGGCUUUUCACCCUCCAGGAGUGGGUCUAUCGCACUCCUUGCUUGUGGAAUCCCACCAGAGCAAAGCCUCCUCCACAUUGAUACUCUAGGCAGCAGGGCUUCCACAUCAGUUGUUUAACUCCGUGUAUUCACUCCUGUUGUGCCGUAUUACUUGAAAAUUUAGACAUAGCCAGUGUUAAUUUGUAGAAAUAAAUGGCUCUGUAAGUAUAACUGAAUGUUACUUUAUUUCUGUUGUUUUUGCCAUUGUGGACUUUAAAGUUUAGGAAUGCUUCUGAAGUCUGACCCGAUGACUGUAUUUUACUGUAUUUUAUGUUUGUGUAAGGGCUUAAUUUGUCCUGAGAGAGAUCCUUUGACUCAUGGUUUGUGAAGAUAUAUAUAUUGGGAGAAAAAAAUGUUACCUGCAAAUAAAAAAAACUAAUUUUUUUCAAAA